AUGUGGUUACAGCCAGAAAGACAUGGGCCUCUGCUGAGUCUGAUUGUCGGCCUUCUUGGGAGUCUCGGCCAUUCCUGCCUCGCCUUCGUAGGCACAUCAAGCUUUCAAUCUUCUAUCCAUGCUCGGCGCACGGCCUUAUACGCCGUAACCAGCACAGUCUAUGGUGGCAAUGGUGGAAUUGACGACCACAAACAUGAUCGUGCCACCAUUAUGGCUCGUAAUGACGCUCGAACUUGCGUCAAAAGUUUUCUGACCCAGCGAGCCAUCCAGUCCUUCAUGUUUUUGCUCGAAGAAUGUCGUGAUCCUCAUUCAGGCAAGUGGAUUGAAGACUUUCUAGGGUUGGCAAACCUUGGAAACUAUCAUGGUACCGGCGCCUUUGACAUUGACCGCUUUGCCAGCUGGGAAAUGGUCCUCUUUGAAAUGAUGGAGAGGCCCAAAGAUAAAAUCAUUGUAUCCGCCAAACGUCGUGGACGAGGCCACGGAGGUUGGAGCAAGCACAAUCCAUACCUGGAAGAACGAUGGGUGGAGUUCCCCAUUGCAAUUGAUCCUGCCAAUCUAGCCCAACGUAUUUUGUCAGUUCGAGGACAGAUUGCGAAUGAAUUCAUACAGGAUUUGGACAUUGUGAUAUGCACCAACGAUCAGAUUUUGGAUUCCUACUUUGAAAACAUUCGGUAUGACGAGCGGCAUAGCUCCCUCACCGCCGGCGCCGCCAGGCCAGAAGAGUUGGCAUCCACGUUUGAUCGCAUCACCUCCAUCAUUCUGAGCCGCAACAUGGAGAAUCAGGUGCAGGUGUCGAGUCCAUUCCGAAAAGGAAACUUUGAUUUGCUCUACAAUCUUUGCACUCAAGCUUCCAUUCAUGAGUUGCUACGACAGUACCAAGACGCCGGUGAAA